CCCUAACGCCAUAAUCCAGGGUAAAUGCCGUACCGUGAUCGUCUCUGUGCUAACAUUUGCCGGCCCGUCCAAUUACGACGUCGCGUGCCCUUGUUUUCAAUGACUUCACGGAUUUUAACCUUGGCCGGAUUUCAUCUGAUGCCCGAGUAUCGAAAGGUAAAAAAAAAGUAAAAAAAAAUAUGUAUAAAGCACCGGAAUCAAUAGGAUUAACAACUAUUAAACUAAUUAAUUCGCUGCAUAAAACCAUAUCUUACACAUUCCGAAAUUAUAACCUUAAUUUUUCUCCAUAAAACAUUCCACAUUGCUCAUUUGAAAUACCAAUGAAUAUUGCUUAUGACUCCCAUUUUCGUAAGGCCUCGUCAAAAGCCUUCGGGUCACCAAUAAUAAUACAUCUAUCCCAAAAAAAAAGAUUCGGAAUGUCGGUCUACCGAACUAAUAAACUCGCUCGGUGGAAGAUCUUACCUUUUUACAUAUUAUGUACAUCGUGAAAACAUAUUGAAUAUAAAUGUGGAUAGACGCAAAUUUAUUAAUGUUUAAUAAGCUAUGAUUUUGUUGUUAAUGUCUAAAAAGCUACCUCUCACACCGGGAGAAGCGCUAUCAAACAAAUCUCCCAAGACCAAGUAAUUCUACAAAAAUUUAAAUUUUUGCCUAGUUGAUUUUUAUAACACGAUAUUAAUUUCUUCAAAUCAUUCCUGAACAUGUGUUAAGUACGUAUCUCAUUAGCAAAAUUGGUACCUGGGUGCCGAAUUUGAACAACGGGUACAGUUCCCAGUCAUCUUAUAAUUUAGACCACAAUAUCUUCACCUCCUCGAGGUGAAGUGAAGUCUUUAGCCGAGCUGUUUUGGAGGUCAUCCAGAGGGCUCUGGGUAAAUAAUGAGUGAAUGAUAGUGUCAUUGAAUCAGAAACUCAUCGAGGCACGGUGGAGGUUACCCGUACCACAGAUCUGGUGUGUGACAUAUCAAAUAAUCACAGACUGCCAUCGGAGUCUGCGAGGUAUCGACACCGGGUGGGUUUUGGCUCAGCUGCCUUUCAAGUUAAAACUCAUAAUUACGUAUCUACCGCAUAGGAAAACAGAUCCAGAUACUUCAUUAAUGUUCAAGAUGAGAAUUGGAGGUGAGAACUGGAUGAGAAUAUAAGAUGAGGAGAUUACUUCUACUGCGAGGUAAUCAUGAGAAAAUAUUUGCAGUGAAUGGAAGUCGUGAUAAAAUACUACUAAAUGAAGUUUCAUGAAAUUUCCCAAUCUAAGUUUAGACGUUAGAACAGCGCAUACGCUGUGAUAUAUUACGAUCAAUACACGACAUGUGGCGCCUGAAUAGUUUCAAGAUUAUUGAUGAUUUUCAAACAACUAGCAAAUAUCACAGCACACCGUGGCUGGGAUUCACGAAUCUCCCGUCCCUCUCUUCCUCUAUCUUUAAUUAAAUUCUCUAGACCUGUUUGGGCUCUUGUGCGAUCCUCUAAAUUUCAUUUAACGUUUACAAAACUAAUAACCAAAUAACGUACAGGAUAACCAUAAUAAUUUCGGUGUUUUUAUCAAUUUUUGUUCGCAAAACGCGGUUCAAUCCGAUCUUUGAGUGGAUUUGGUUAGUUUUUGAAAUAUAACCCUUUCGUUUUUAUACGAUCGUAUUUAUUUUACUAAAAAUCCAAUCUAAUUCGAUUCCAAUUCUCCAAAAUCCAAUUAAGCUGUAACGUGAUAGAUAAAUUGAAUUUUACAAAGCAUUAAUUAAAAAACGCGUUCGCUUAACGGCGCGGCGUGGAAAACAAAUAUUGUCUCAAUUAGCGUAGUCAAGACAGUUUUCUUUAUGGCUCGGGACGCUCCCUGUUCCCAUUUCGUAUCGCACCACUAGCAAAGGGUGGUGGGGUUGAACUGAAAUUGUGGGGCGCCUUCAGGACUAGUCCGGCCACUGAUAAACCCACGAGCAUUGCGAAUUGUGACGGCCGCCCUGCUGGUUCAUUCUUUUAAAAAAAAAACCACUUCAUUUUAAAACAACAGUAUAAAAUAUAGAAAAAAAUUGUUAUGUUUUUUGCGUAAAUUUUAAUUAGUAUUAACCGCGUAUCAGUCAUGAGUAUUUUGAAGAUUUUAAGUGUUUUUCUUAUUCCCGCUUCAGUAUACAGUGCGGUUCGAAUUACUCAACAAGUGGUACAGACGACGACAACACAAACGCCGCCGCCCGCGCCCGUGGUCUCCACCGCUUCAUUUGCGGUACUAGAUGAAAUAGCUACUUUCACGACUGCGCCCGUUUGUCCUGACGCCAUCAAUACCUCGGUACCACUGGGAAGACUCCGCACCGCACUGAGGAACUCGGCAUACCUGCGCAAGGACACGUUGCUGGAUGCAUUUAUUGUUUUUUUUAGUGAUGAGCAUUUGAGUGAAGAGCCUUCUCCUGAAGAGCGGCGCUUGGAGUAUAUCAGUGGCUGGGACGGGGCGGGUACCGCUGCCGUGUUAGCUGACGGUGGUGCCGCUAUUUGGGUGCCAAGUGGCGACGUUCACAACGCUAGGGCCACUUUGUCUUGCGCGUGGGAAGUAUUGGAUGGUGACGAUCCAAGCCAACGUACUAUUUCCGAAUGGAUUGUGGAUCGGCUUGGUCGCAAGGGCCGGGUCGGCGGUGAUGCCAGACUGACGUCAGUCGUUGAAUGGCAAACUAUCUCGUCGUCCCUUCAUCGCGAAGGGCUUCUACUGAUUGACGUUCCGACCUUGGUAGAUCAACUUUGGAAUGACGAGGUCGACCCACCGAGGAGACGACCAGAAUUCUCUAAGAUCGUAGCUAAUAAACAUCAAAUGGAAUAUGUUGGAAUGUCGUGGCGGGAAAAAGUAUCCGCCGUGCGCAAUGAACUGCGGGCAGUUGGGGCGGAAGCGAUAAUCAUCACGGCCCUGGACGAGGUAGCUUGGUUACUGAACGUAAGGGGACGCGACGUGCCCUACGCGCCUUUGCUGAAGGCUUUCGUGAUCGUUAGUCUACGGGACGUGAGGGUGUUCGCACCGCCAGGAAAACUCUCCAUGCCCGUCAGAAAAGCUUUGGAUGUAUAUAACUGUUUCACCAAUAACUGUACUAGAGUAAACGACUACACAGCUAUUUACGACGAGCUGCGUCGCUCGAGUGAAUCCAAGAUCCUGAUACCGGCGGCAGGAACGUUUCAGCGGGGCGCCUCUGCUGCAAUAGCACAAAGCGUACCACUAAGCAAACGAGUGUUUCUACUCUCUCCGAUUAUAUAUUUGAAGGCGCAAAAGAAUGAGGCGGAGGCGAAGGGUAUGAGGAAAGCCCAUCUGAGAGACGCCGUUGCUAUGUGCACCCUUUUCAGUUACUUAGAGAAUAAGUCCGGUCUGAGCGAGAUGUCAGUGCAGACAACAGUGGACAUCACCCGGGAGACUCAAGCCGGCUACGUCGGACCGGCCAUGCAGACUCGUGUGGCGUACGGGCCCAGCGCCGUGGAACCCGAAUAUCGCCCAAACAAUGCCACUAACCGACGUAUAUACAAGAAUUCCACUCUGGUCAUACGAUCCGGCGGCCAAUAUGACGAGGGAACGACAGUAGUGACCCGCACGGUUCAUUACGGCACGCCGAGCCGCGAGGAGCGACGCGCGUACACGACCGUGCUGCGGGCGGUGGCCGCGUUGUCCGCCUUCACCGCGCCCAGCACGCUGCCCGCCGCGCACGCCGACCCCGUGGCCCGCGCGCCGCUCUGGGCCGCAGAUCAGGACUACCCCCAUCCCACAGGUCACGGCGUCGGAGCUGCACUUAACCGGAGAGAAGAUCCCGUUGUAAUCGAUUACCGUCAAGAUACAAACUUGCACACACUGAGAGAAGGCUAUUUUAUCACGUGCGAACCUGGUUGGUACGAACCCGGAAAGUUCGGUAUUCGGCUAGGGAAUGUUGUGGAGGUGAUCGGCAAACCUAAUGAGUAUCUAGGAUUCAGAGAGGCUACUUUGCUACCUUAUGAACCCAAACUCAUCGACAAGAACAUGCUGACUGAAUACGAGAUCACAUGGUUGAACGGUUAUAACGACCGUAUAAGGAAGAUAGUUGGGCCAGAGUUGAUGUCUCAGGGUCUAACCGACGUGUACUACUGGAUGAUGAACAAGACGGCACCAUACGAGCUUCCUUCCAAGGCUAAGAAGGCGCAAAUGAACUCAGCCGUGCAUAUUGCAGGCAUUCGAGAAAUCGUAGCUCUAAUUUCCUUUAUAUCACUCACGUUGUUCAGCUAAAUACUCAUCGAUUUAGUCAAACAAGCUUUUUAGGCGUAGUUGAUCAAUUAAAUAUUCACGUUCGACAUCCUUGCAGAAUUAGAAUGUGAAUAGAAUAGAUAUAUCGAUUAUAAUACUGUUUUCGUUAAAGUUUGAAGAAACGUGUAGGGAAAAUCUAGCAAAGGGAUCAUUAUUCGCAGUCCAAAUAUAAAUAGUGUUUUGAAGUUUGACGCUUUGAACACAAAAAUGUCCCGGAGUGCAUUAAAGCAAUAAUAAUUAUAUAACUUAAAGUAUAUCUAUUAAAUGUCAUAGCAGUAGAACUUAUAUUUUAAAAAUAAUUAAUUAUAAACGAAUAAAUUGCGAAUAUAAUAUUAAUCGACUAAUAAUAACUUAGAGAAUGUAAGGUAUUUUAUUUAGAUAUUCUUACUGUUGCGUAAUCGUGCGAUCUGGUUUGAAGGAUAGAAUAGUUACUUUU